UCCGGCUUCCAUUCCUUGACUAAAAAGUAAAAGUAGCUCUCAAUUACGUACUCACCCUCCUGAUCACUGCCACAACAGCCUCCGCCGCAACCACCUUGCUCUCCGGCGCGCCGCCGCCUCUUUAUCAAACGGAAUGCUUCCACUCUUAUUUAUUUGACUUCCAUUCGAGGGGCAGGAGCGCUCGGGCGAAAGGAAAUGGGGAGUGAGCUGCGGGAGCCUGUGGAGUUGAGAGCUCUCCAAUCGCUCGGUCUAGGGUUUGAUCUCACGUCUGACUUUCGCCUGAGGUUUGCCAAGGGGUACCCUAAUCGGCGGCUGGUGGAGCUUGACGAGGUGAAUACCGGCGACCUCGUCUUCCCUGGAGGUCUCACUGUCCGUGGGGUGUCUAGGGAUAUCGGGUGUGACAAGGGGGAUCGGAUUCGGUUUUGCUCCGAUGUAUUGGAGUUUAAUCAGAUGUCUGAAUUUUUCAAUCAGAAGUCUUCGAUCCAAGGAAAAGUUCCUUUGGGUUACUUUAAUGCUCUAUUUGAUUUAAGUGGAGCAUGGUUCGAUGAUGCCAAGGAAACUAAAAAUCUUGCUUUUAAUGGCUACUUCAUUUCCUUAUUCAAUUUGCAUUUAAGAGCAUCUCCAUUGGUUCUUUGCAAUGAAGUAAGGAGUGCCGUUCCAUCCAACUGGGAACCUAAGGCACUAUCGAGGUUUAUCCACACAUAUGGGACUCAUAUAAUUGUGGAAAUGGGCCUUGGAGGUCAAGAUGUAAUUUGUGUUAAACAAAACCAUGUUUCAACAGUAUCACCCACAGAUGUUAAGAUGCAUCUGGAGGAUCUUGGAGACUUGCUAUUUUCUGAUGGAAGGGGCACUUCACCUUUAAAUCAGAUGACUAGAGGAGGAAAGAACAAGGUGCCCGAUGUGUUCUUCAAAAUUUUGCAAUCUAACAACUUUCUGCUGACCAGUCAUUCUGAAAGUUCUAGCAAAGAUGGGCUUACCAUAAUUUGCUCAAAGAGGGGUGGAGAUCCAUAUUUAUGCAGCCACUCCAAAUGGCUGCAGACAGUACAUAAUAAACCAGAUGUGAUACUGUUUAAGUUUGUUCCUAUCACAUCUCUUCUAACUGGCCUCCCAGGAAGUGGCUAUCUUAGCCAUGCAAUCAACUUGUACCUUCGUUAUAAACCUGAUCCUGAUGAGUUGCAGCACUUCUUGGAGUUCCAAGUUCCCCGUCAAUGGGCACCACUUUACUGGGAACUAAGUCUUGUUCAUCAGCACCCUCAACUAAGGAAAUCUUACCCAUCACUUCAAUUUAGAUUGCUUGGCCCUAAACUUCACAUCAAUACAACCCAGGUCUCGAGUGCUUUCAAGCCAGUAACUGGGCUGCGGCUGUACCUCGAGGGAUCAAAAUGCAACCAGCUAGCCUUACACAUACAGCACCUUUCAAGCCUCCCAAGCAUGUUUGCAUCAGCCACUUCCUCCAGACUUUCCAAGUGGCAAUCAUCAGAAGACUCGGCCCCGGAAUUUAUCGAACCAAUUCAGUGGAAGAGCUACUCCAGCAUCUGCACUGCUGCUGUAAAACACAACCCCAAGUGGUUCGAAAUAGUUUCUGAGGGCGCCUUUGUCGUCACCGGUGCUCAGCUCGUGACAAAGGACAAAUGGUUGAAGAAAUCCCUCCACCUUCGUCUUCUCUUCACUCACAUCCCUAACUGCACCAUCCAAAAGACCGAAUGGGCUCAAAUUCCAGCAAAUUCACAUAAAGGAAGCUUUUUCUCAAAUAUCAGCACGACAUUUAGUUCGACAUUCACCGGCCAUCAAAACCUGUCCGUAAAACAGGAGCCUUCCACGCUAAAUUCUGGUGUUUUUCCUGAUGUUCCGCCUGCACCAAUACAAUCGAAGAAGCUGCUGAGAUUUGUCGACACGUCUGAGAUUGUUCGAGGUCCAAAUAAUGUGCCUGGCCAUUGGCUAGUUACUGCAGCAAAGCUAGUCAAGGAAGGGGGAAAGAUAGGCUUACACGUCAAGUUCGCAUUGUUAAAUUUUUCUGACCAGUGAUAGGGAUUCCUUUUGUAAAGUAUCAGGAUUUUCUAGUGCUUGUAUAUUGAGAUAUCAGUGAUUGUUAAGGAAAUUAGGCCCAUUUAUAUGUAUGGCGUAAUUUUCUUUCUUUUUUUUUUUUUUUUUUUUUUUUCCAUGUAAAGAACUGAAGAGCAGAUUGCAGCAUCCGACUAUCUUAUGAUUUACCUCCGUGCUUGUACAGGAACAAAUGUUAUAUUUAAGUCUGUUUAAGGCUAUAUAGCCUGUUU